UCUUAUUUCAUUCACAAGAUUCGCAUCUCCGUGUGGCGUGGUUAGAAUUAUUUAUUGUGAUUUAGUUUUGGCUUUUGAUAAGUAAAAAUAUAGUGGUGGUAGCGCUUAAAAUGAAAAUAUUCAAGAUAUUUUUGUGUAUUUUAAUGUUAACACCAGUUGUCAGAUGUGAUGAACCCAUCAGCAUUGUAAUAAAUGCAGGCGCAGCGAACGCAACUUUCGAAUUCCAUGGCAAAAUCGAAAAUGACAUCUCGAAUGAAGACAAGGAUGCUUUUGAUAUAACUGACGACAACCUCAAACGAGGAGUCGAAGCUUUAAUGGGAGCCUGGCCUAACUACGUUUCUUUAGGACACUGGCAAGAUAUUUAUAAGCAACGAAAGUGGACGCCUGUUAAAAUAACCCUUAAACCUAUCAAAGGAAAAGUAAUAAGAAUAUCCAGCGAGCCUGUGAUCGUUUCAACACACACAUUAAACAACCUUUUUUCAAACAAAGCUACGUUCAAGGCAGGAAUAUCAACGGAGGUCAGAAACUCCAUCACCAGUUCCUGGUUUCAAAGUCUAAGUAAGACUGUUGGAGACCAAAUUAGUUUCGGAAUAAAUUUCAAAGUGCCUGGAGCGAAUGGCAGUGAAUUGUCAGGUGGGAUAUCGAGUACUAACAGCAUUUCUUUCACAAGCAACUGGGGGGUAAGGUCUUAUAAAGAGACUUCUAUUGCAGUCGGGUCUUCGUCAGAAGUUUUGGUAGAUCUUGAACCAGGACAAGAAGCUGUAGCUGUCUUAUCAGCUACUAAAGGAUCUAUUGAAGUACAGAUCGAUUAUUUGACCAGCUUACAGGGAAAUGUGGCCUGUGAGUUUUCGAAGACAUACCGCGGCAGGUAUUAUUGGAGGCAGGAUAUAAAUACGGUGCUCUCUGCUAUUGAUAUGCCAAUCCACAUAUUGUCGAGGCAGACUUUGAAGAUCGGGUACUAUUCUGAAGCUAAAGUCACGCUGACUGACAGAACGUCUAAUAAGACGUUGUAUGAAGGCCCAGGAGUGUUCAGAACAUAAAAAUAAAUAGCUUGGCUGAGUUGCACCACCUAACUUUGAACGUAGCUAUAACGAUA